AUGCAAACACAAUAUGAAGAAACAGCUAGUUUAUUUGAACAAGAAUUUACAGAACAAGAUGUCUUGCCUUUCCUAUUACAGGCACAAGACAUGGUAGCCAAACUAGAAUCUAGAGUAGUUGAACUAGAAAACGAUUUAUCUACAAUUCACCGUAAAUACGAACACGAUAGAAGGGAAUGGCUUGUCGGUCUAUCUCAAAAAGAUCAAUAUAUUGCAUACCUUUCUAGUAAACUUCAAAAAGCAGAAUUCAAUAACAAAGAAACCAUCGUUUUACUUUCUGAUUUUAUGACAACAAACACACUUGAUGAGAACAUCAAAUCCACCAUCACUUUAUGCUUAAAUUACCUUAGACAAACAGAACCUUCUGAACCACAGCAUAAAAUAACAGUCGACAGCAGCGAUGAUGAUCUGGAAGAAGGAGAGCUUGAACGCCGGCAAGCUGCCGUGACUGAGUGGAGACGUGCUGACAUACCAGACAGUUCUUCAACAGCAUGUGAUCAUGAAGAAGAGCCUCUCAAUCUGAUGGAUGGACUCUCUUCACUCUCUUCUUCUUCCACUACUUCUUCUCAUGUGGUUCAUACAAAAUCUGUAUCUUCCAUGACUUCACCACCUACUACAUAUGCUGUUCAUGAUGAAGAUACUAGUUUUUGCUCCAAUUGUAAACAACUUUUGUCUCAGCUUGAUUCUCAAGUCGAGAGACAGGCUUAUUUGAAACGAGAUCUUAGUUCACUCGCUUCCGCUUUAGCAGAAGAAGAAGACAUGAGGGCCUCUGUUGAACAGGACAAAGAAGCUUUAGAGGAAGAUGUUGCUGAUAUUACAUCUGCUUUAUUCUCCGCUCUGAAUCAAAUCUUAAUGGACGAAGUAACAGACAGAGAUGGACUGGUCCAAAUCAAUCGUGAAACCAAUGGCAAGUUGGUCCAAGUCUUGGAUGCUUGGGAUACCCGAGACGCAAGAUUAAAGCAGGUCAAGGGUUUAUUGGUCGAACUUGAUUCUGCAGUCCAUACGAGUGCCCAUGUAAGCCAUACCAUGUCACAUCGUUACUCUCAACCACCGAUGAAUGCCACUCUUUCUCGCUUCACUUCCCGAUCCAGUACCAGCAGUGGAAGCCACCCCUUACGGUACUCAAUAGACCAGCCCUCUCCAGUCGACACCAACACGAUCCGUAUUGAUGGCUUUAUUCUAUCCGAGUUCCAGCAGCACAUGAAGGCAGUAACUGAAAGCAAAACGCUCUCCAUUCCCGCCACACCUUUCGUGAAACGUGUGAUGACUGAAGAUGUUGAGCCUUGUUUGUUUUUUCAACAAUCUCAAGGUUGGUGGAAAUCGCCUUGGUUUAAAAAGAAGCUUUUGGAUGCUAUCUCGAAAAACAAGUGCGAGAUUCAAGGAUGGCAUGAUGCUUAUUCAACCUAUACUUCUUCCUCCACAUCGCCUUCUGCCAGUCAUAUCUCUACCAGCUCUCAACAGAGUAGCAGUGCUCCUAUGCCACCCAAGGUCAAGUGCGCCUGUUGUAAUAUUCUUCGUGUCUGUGAAUUCAAAAUGCGUCUGCCUAUUCCAAAUACAGCAAGACCUCAACAACAACAACAACAACAACAAAAGCAACAGCCUUGGUUGCCUAUCGAUCGAUUCUGUCGUGACAGAUUGAUUGCUGUUUGUGGAUACUUUAGUUUCAUGUCCCAUCUGAAACUAUUGACCUCCUCUCCCUUAUUAAGCAUUUUUAAACAAGUCAUGCAGCAUAGAAGAAAAAUGACAUUGGCCAGAGUAGGCUCAAUUGGUCUAUUUGAAGAAGACGAAGAAGUCGAUACCAGAAGACUGAGUUCUUCCUCAACUUGUUCAUCCAAACGAAGAUCUUAUCAACAACAAAGACGUUCAAGAAGAAAUAGAGAAAGUCUUGUUUUGGAUCAUUCAGGUAGUGGCAGCGAUACUGCAAGUGUCGUCAGUGUCAGUGAUUUACAAGGUUUGGAAGGUUCUCAAGCUCAGAUUGUGAUUGUCCAUUAA